AGACUGAAGCCAAGAUGGCAGAAGUGGAGCAGAAGAAGAAGCGGACCUUCCGGAAGUUCACGUACCGGGGCGUUGAUCUGGAUCAGCUUCUCGACAUGUCCUAUGAACAGCUAAUGCAGCUCUACAGUGCCCGCCAGUGCCGACGGCUGAACCGGAGCCUGUGCCGCAAGCAGCACUCCCUUCUGAAGCGACUGCGUAAGGCCAAGAAGAAGGCCCCACCGAUGGAGAAGCUCGAGGUGGUCAAGACCCACCUUCAAGACAUGAUCAUCCUCCCCGAGAUGGUGGGCAGCAUGGUGGGCGUUUACGUUAAGACCUUCAACCAGGUGGAGAUCAAGCCUGAGAUGAUUGGCCACUACCUGGGGGAGUUCUCCAUCACCUACAAGCCAGUGAAGCACGGCCGGCCAGGAAUUGGGGCCACCCACUCGUCUCGCUUCAUCCCUCUCAAGUAACAGGCCUUUGGGAAGAACUUGGGUGUGUCUCAACAAAGGAGCAU